UCUCCUGUUCCGUCGUCUGCCGUUCUCAAUCAUCGGUACGACCAGCGAAGCAUGGGAUCUCCGGAACUGCAGGAAUGGCGCUCGGCGAACAAAUGGAACGAGAACUCUCGUGGACAGGACUCGGUGCAUUGCGGUUCAUGGUUCACGCGAAAAAAACGUCAAGUGCGUGACAAAUAUCGUAUCAAACAUGCUGCUAUCUAUGACCAAUUGGAUUUAGUCACAUACGAGGAAGUGGUCCGACUUCCACAAUUCCGUCGACGAACUUUGGUUCUGUUGGGAGCACAUGGAGUGGGCAGACGUCAUAUUAAAAAUUGUUUGAUUCAGUCCGCGCCGGACCGUUUCGCUUAUCCGGUACCGCAUACAACCCGAGCACCCCGUAAAGAUGAGGUGAAUGGAAAGAACUACUACUUUGUCACGCAUGACGAGAUGAUGCGUGAUAUAGCGAGUAAUGAGUAUUUGGAAUAUGGUACACACGAAGAUGCGAUGUACGGGACUAAGCUAGACACAAUCAGGCAAAUUCAUGCGGCCGGCCUGAUCGCGAUCCUCGAUGUGGAACCUCAAGCACUGAAGGUGCUCCGAACGGCCGAAUUCGCCCCGUUGGUCGUGUGCAUUGCAGCUCCGGCGCUGCGUGACAUGACAAACGAACAGAAUAGCCCAAACGUGAGUUUCAAUCUCCGUGCAAACUGA